UUGGGUUCAGUAGUCGACAAAAGUUUCUAAAUCGACAUAAAGUUCUGAUCCAGCGAGCGACCGUCAAAUUCAAAUAAUUUCACGGACUGUCGUGAGAAUGUUCGUAAAAACUUUCAUUCUGUGCAAUCAAAUCUAUAAUUCAAAAGUGUUUCAUUGAACAAAAUUGGUUCAUAAAAGCGUUUGAUUCACUAUGGAAAUCGAAACCAUUACGUUGGAACGUUGGAUGUGUCGAAUUUGUUUGAGCAAAGGUACGCACAACAUCUUCGAGGAACGGCUGAUACUGCCAUCGGAACACCACCAAGGUCAAUCGUCUUCGACCAGUCACUGCAGUAAUGGUUCUAUCUCAAUUAUCGAUGCGCUCAACUGCUUCAGUGAGUUCAAGAUAGUAAAGCCAGACACCGUCAAUGAACCGGUAAUGCUUUGCCAAAGUUGCCAUGCUGAGCUCGCAAGUUGUGUGGAAUUCCGACAGAAAUUAAACGACUCGGAAGCACUGUUACGCAAAGACUGCGCAACACCGGAUUUAGAUGAAAAUGAGGAGGAAUCUAGAACAGGGCUUACUUUGCAAAUGGUUGAUAUUGAACCAUACUUGGAGGAUGAAGAACCAACAGCUUCGGUAUCACCAAAUAUCUAUCAAGAAGAAGUUGUACAAUCUUCAGCAAUGCACCAUUCUAAGCCUCGUUUCGAGCUAACACAUCAGGUAAGUAACAUUUUGCGACAUGUGGCCACUACGAGUAGUAGUAGUAGUAGUUUCAACAGUGUAAUCGAUACCCCGGAAAGGGAAAAACGGAAAGAAUCCUUUGGUCAAUCGGAUUUGGAAACGCCAAAGAAAAUGCACCGGAGAAAUUCUCAGGAGGCAUUACUCGAAAAGACUCUUAUCGUACCUCACUACAUAUUUAGUAGCCAACUAAAGAAUAAGUCACAAGAGACGAGUAAAUCCUCAGAACGCCAUCAAGAAGUUGGAUCACAUACGGAUCGAUUGGACACGGACGAUAUUUUCCACUGCGAAUACUGCCCAAAAGCGUUCUCAACUUCCCAACACUUGGCUAGCCAUACUAAAAAUGUGCACCUGUGCCAGUACUGCCCCAGGCACUUCUCCAGCAUUCUUGCCAAAAACAAACACAGCCGCGAGGAGCACAAAUCGUUCCAGUGUUCGCAUUGUGGCUUCCAGUCGCGAUAUACUGCCAAUUUGAAGGCGCACCAGCGAAAAGUGCAUUCCUCGGCGCUGCCAGUCGACGUGCCUAGAUUAAAAUGAUAA